AUGGCGCGCCUCGAGCCCGCGGUCGCGCUCUACUCGCGCAAGGUGCUCAUCGAGGACCCCUGCGAGGCCGUCGCGCCGGACUGGAUGCGCUUCGUCAAGGGCGUCGUCGAUUCCGAGGAUCUCCCGCUGUCGAUCUCGCGCGAGAAGUCGCAGGACCGGCGGCUGCUCGACAAGCUCCAGGACGUCGUCGUGCGCAAGUUCCUGCGGUUCUUACUCGAUAAGGCGAAGCAGGACCGGGCCAAGUACCUCGAGUUCUACGCGGAGUACGCGACGUUCCUCAAGGAGGGCGCGUGCCACGACCACGGCCGCCGCCAGGGCAGGACAAGAGAGCGAAAUUCUCAACUUCAAAGGCUCCUUUCUCGGCCGUUUUCCACUCGCCGCCGCGCGGAUCUCGCCAAGCUCCUCUACUUCGACACGUCGUCGUCGGCGGAGCUCACGAGCUUGGACGAGUACGUCGGCCGCCUGCCCGGCGACGCCAAGGACGACGACGACAAGAUCUACUACCUGCACGCGCCGACGCGGGAGCUCGCGCUGGCGUCGCCGUACUACGAGGCCUUCAAGGACUCGAAGCGCGAGUGCUUGUUCGUCUACAACGCGAUCGACGACUUCGUCAUGUCGAACCUGGGGACCCACAACGGCCGGCCCAUCGUCGCCGCGGAGCGCGCGACCUUCGCCGCCGGCGGCGCGGCCGAGGAGAAGACGGAGGAGAGCGGCGGCGACGAAAACGCGCCGGCGUCUCGCACACUCGACGACGCGGAGUCCGCGUUCCUCGCGCGGUGGAUGGUGCGCACGUUGGACGACCGCCUCGAGUCCGUCGUGCCCACGGACCGCCUGUCGUCGUCGCCGGCGGUCCUCGCGGACGCGGAGUCCGGCGCCAUGCGGCGCAUGAUGGCCCUCGUCGCUCAGCAGUCGACGGGCGAGGCGCUCCCGCCGCUGCCGAAGCAGAAGCUCGAGGUCAACCCGAAGCACCCCGUCGUCCUCGCGCUCCACGACGCCGCGAAGCGGUCCUCCGACGACGCGACGGCGCUCCACGCGGCGCACCAGCUCCUCGACACGGCCAUCGUCGCCGCGGGCUUGAUGGACGACGCGCGGACCAUGAUCCCGCGCCUCAACAAGCUCCUCGAGCUCGCGCUGCUCAAGCAGGAUAAGUAA